AUGCAGACUUCUGUAUCUGUGGCGAUCAUCUGCCUCCUCCUCUCCCUGGAGGCUAAGGCGAGGGCGUUCCGUCCCGAAGCGGGUAGUCUUCUUUCGAAUGGGCUGGCUUUGCCUAUUGAAUAUGACCUGUUGGAAUCCCAAACAAAGAGUGGCGUACCUGCCGGCUCGUCAUUCUGGUCAUCUUCUUUCAUCCACGGAUCCGACAACCAUGACUACAUGAUCGUGUCUCAUGUGCUUGCUGGCUUGCCAGUCUCACCUUCGAUGUAUCGAGGAUCUAUACUCGAUAUUACGAAUUCAUCCCGCUACGGUCGCUUUGAGAUCUUCUCCAAUAUUUCCGAGGUAUACUCGGACACUGGAAACUUGAACACGAGCUAUCCAGAUUACGGCUUCAGUUCUGUUGGUUCAGAUGAAGCUCCAGCAAUGCGAACGUGGAGCGCCGUUUCCGGAGCCGAGUUUGAUCUCACCUUCGAACUGUCCUCGCCUGCCUUGUUGAAUGGUGGCCUCGGCUCUUUCAAGGCGGGCAAUACCACGGCAUAUGAGUGGGGUGUGCCAGCGGGAAAGACAAAGGGGUGGUUCCGCGUGGACGGAUCGAAGGUCAGUGUGGAUGCUGAGCGCACUCUGACCUGGUAUGACAGACAAUGGAAUGGAGCACCUGCGUCGUGGACUUGGUUUGAGCUGCACAUCGAGAGUGGAAAUCAUGGAGCUUCUGCGACCCCAUAUUCGAUUUGGGUUUGGGGGGAAGAUACACCAGGGGGCUCAGCAGGGCUUGCUACUCUAAGAGACGCAGCAGGUAUACAAAGAGUUGUGCCCGUGGUAUCCAUGGUGACCUCUAGUAGAACCUUCACUUCACCAGUAACGGGCAUUGUUUACAACCUUGACUGGACCUUGAAGCUAGCCGACGGGACCGAAUUCUGCGCGUCCAGUGUGAGAGAAGACCAGGAACUCUAUGGGGAGGGUGGGUUAUUCCCGACAUACGAAGGUUUCGCCACAGUCAGCGGUGUAUACAAUGACGGCCAGAAGGUCAAGGGAUACGGCCUUGUUGAGAUUAACUCACCAGGUCCGGCUUCUUGA